UACAGUGCUGCUUUGUGAAGCAGCGGGAGGGUUGUCAGUUGUAUGGAAUGGUGUGAAUUGCAAACCAAGGUCAUGACGGUGAUCAUGACAUGAAUUGAAUGAUGGCGGAAACAUACUCUGCUUGAGUGUACUCUAUUAUGGGAUGUGAUUGGGCACCCAGCCAUGGAAACUCCUACUUACUCACUCCAUUGCCUUGGUGAAUGAUGGUCACUCAUCAAAACCAAAGAAUGGUGGACUCUUCUCUUGGGAUGAUGCUUUCUGGAGGGGAAAGACGUUCUGCACAAGACCUGAUUCCUCUUCUUCAACCUUCGAGGAGGUGGAGUCCUUAUGCCUGUCCAAGUCUUCCUCAUCUGCAGAGUCUGUCAAUGAGAAGAGGCUGUCCCUGUCUUCAGCUGUGACUAACUCGUUCACCAGACAGAGCUCCAUCACCAGCAACUCUACUGGGACAUCCAGUGGGCAUUUGGCAGACAGAGAUUGUUCUAGUUCUGAGAACAGGUCAAGAGCAGCUAGUUCUGUAGGAUCUCUUGUCGAUGAUUUUGACAGAUUUGACUCACCACAUCAGUUGUCUGAUAAUAAUUAUAUGGAUAGAAUUUUCCAGCGUGUUUUGGAAUGGAAUGUUGGUGAAACUUCAAGUGAUUCUAUGAAGUUUAGAAAUGUUGGUGCCAUUAAAACACGCUCAGCCUCUUCAGGUUUACUAGAUUUAAGAGUUACAGCUGAUAAGAAAGCACGCCAGAAGGUUUUAAUCAUCCCAGAUGAAGAGGAAGGUGAUAUUCCUUUUGCUAAAUUGAAAUUCGCCCAUAAACCAGAUUUUCAAGAAAUAGCUGAGAUAAGCUCAUUGAAAGAAAUGUAUCCUGUCAGUCAAAGUGUAAAAUUUAGACCUCAUCUGAAUGGUGAUUCCAGUGGAAAAAGUAACCGCAGCUUCAGCAUAUCCACUUCUUCAUUAAGCACAGAUGUCUCCUCUUGGCAAGAAUCUAACAAGCGAGAUGCGUUCCAAAGACGAAACACGUCAAAUUUCACUGAUUCCAACCAUAACCAGAGACAGCACUGCACCAGUGAAGACAAUCCUCCCUCCUUCCCUCCUGCCCAACCCCUAGAUUACUAUCCUCCUUUUAACCCUUUCCUGCCAGUUAAUGCAGAACGCAUCUUGAUCAAUCUUGGGUUCAGUGGCUCAGAUUGUUUACUGCCAGAAAGGUUCCUCAAGGAUUGGUACCAGAAGAUGGCCAAAGCACAGAAAGAAUGGGGUCAGAGUCAACAGUUCAGUGAUUGCCAGGAAAGUGUUGAUGAAAAUUCUCUACCUAGCAUGGGCACAUCCGGAAGGACAACUCCAAACCAGGUCUGUUUGUAUCCAGAGCAUUUUCCAAUGAACUGCCUCCCAGGAAAGUCCUUACAACGAUCAGCAACAGUUAGCUCCUACCAGUAUCCUGAGGGCCUUGACAUUUCCACGAAAACGCAUUACAAAGAACAAAAACGAUUUGGUGCCAGUGGAGAGUUUGGAAGCUCCAAGAGGAGGCGACAGUGGGCAAAUACAAGACAAAAGUCUUUGCCACUUUUUCUUGAAACAUUGAACGAAGAGGAUGAAAGUAGGUCUAGAAGAACAAGCAUUGACCAGUUUUCACAAUUCAAAGCAUUCCUGAAAGAGGAGAUGAUGUCUGUUAAUUCGGGGGGAUCAAGUCAGGAUAACAACAUCGAUUCAGACAGUGACUCAUCAACUUCCGCAGCCUUGAUUAACUUUUCCAAAAGUGUUUCUGAAAUCCCUGAAGCAGGUAAACAAGAUGACAACAAGUGUAUGCCUAGUAUAGCGAUUUCAACAAUGUCAGAAGUAGAUCAGAAGGAAAAGAAAGUUGCACAUGAACACAUCAGUCACGAAACCCUUCCUUCUACAGACAGCCUAGAAGUAGCAGAUAUCAUGCAGUACCAGCAAAACAAGAAUAAUGGAGCAGGGCCUCUUGAACCAGCAAUGGUGUCUAUUGUGUUGGAGGAUGUGGAUGGUAAUGUAACAGACAGUAUGUGCAACAGUACAUCUUUCCUCAGUGUUGACAACCUGCAUAUCCCUCUUUCCGGGUCUUCCUCUACAUCACCAAUACUGUCCCCUGUGACUGUUAUUGAGGUAGGAGGACUUGAUAACCAGAUGGAUAGCCUGGAUACAGAUGAAAGUACAUCAGUCUCAAAGGAAACUGACAGCCUGGCAAGCAACAAGGGAAGUUUUGAUAGUGAUCGUAGCAAAUCUGAAUCACGACCUGAUGAUUGCAAGGUGAGUAAGGUUAUUUUGGAAGGAAAGGUAAUUGGUCAUCAGAGUUGCUCAUUUCCAAACCCAGCUCUGAAGGACAUUACCAAAGAGAGGAGUGAAGCUAGUGCAAGCCAGUGUAGUUUUGUUCAAGUUGAUGAUGGAAGAUUGUCACCCAUUGUAACAUUUCCUUCGGUUCAAGUUCUGCAGGAGUGGUUUGAUGGGACAACUGAUUACUACAUUGCUCAGGAUAGAAGUGUUCAGUGUGAGAUGGAGGCCGGAAUGUUUCAGGCCCUGGAUGAAGAUGUUCAUAGUGUACAUCUCCAAGACACACAAGCAGAACAGUAUACUCAGACUGAUCCGGAACAACUGUUCUCAAAGAGUCUUUCAGACAAAUCUUCACAAAUAUCAACACAAACGGUGUCGUGUUCUGUUCAGACUACUAUUGACACUGUGGAAGAUGAUGAUGAAGAUUGUCAGUGGUUACAUCAGAAAGUUCUUGCCAGCACUAUGAUUUGUCGAAACAAAUGUGGACUGAAACAUGAUGCUGACAAAACAGUAACCACUACUCCUCCUUUGAUGGCAUUAGAUCAUAUCCUAGUUCCUCCUAGAGACAGGAGACACAGCAUUACUGAUGACUGGGUAAUCUCAAACUUUCGAGCUCAAUCACAAUCAGAAGAGAUGAGUAUUAAUCUUGAGACUGAUAUCAGUGAGAAAAAGCAUGGGGCGGAUGAAGAGAAUAAACCUACAGUGUAUCCAGAGGUUCCUGUAGAAUCAGAGUUCACUUCAGAUUCCACUGAUGGAAAGACAGGCUCACAGUGUAACGAUCAAAAGGAACUAAUGCUCAAUGAAGAUGGAUCUCCUAUGACUAAACUUGAUAUUUUUGCGAAUGAGUUCUUAACAGGAGCUGAAGAGAAGUGUUCACAGCUGAGGUUAGCUUCAGAUACGUCAUUUCCUGAUAGUGAAAGAAGGCAUUCUUUACUGUCGUCUACCCUCAGUAACGACAGUUGGGGAACCCAAAAUACAGUUAUCUACAUGCCAAAGCCACAUAGAGCAUUAUUAUCCAUGUGUAAUGAUUCUGAAGUAGGCGACAUAGACUCGGGUCAAACUAUAACACACAAGAACCACAAUGGAGGUGUCGAGAGCCCUUUUUCUACAACCUUGGAAACUUUCCAAAAGAUUAACACUGAUAAGAAGAAUUGUGAACCAUAUUUAAGAAACUCAAGUGAUUCCUUAAGCUUGAGUGUUGAUAAGGAUGAUGAUGUUGGUUCUUCAGCUAUUUCGUCCUCUAUGUCAGUGCAGUCUGACUGGGAGAUAGAUGAUAUCAGUGGUCUUGAUUCUGCAAGUGAAGCAGAUAGUGAUGGAAAUCUCCCCAAAAUUGUUAUGGAUUCAAAAGAAACAGUUUACAUCAUGCAUGGAGAAAUGGAGAUGGAACUAAUUGAUAGAUGUAUUGAUUCAUGUACAAUUGUAAAGAAUAAAGAAUUCUUACAUGAAAAGAAACAUUGUGAACCACAGUUUGGGGUGUUUGGUCUUGAUGGAAUUGGAGAAACAGAGUUAAAUGUUGCACUGGAGGAAAAUGAUUUUGGAUUCAAUAACAGAUUUGAACAGGUAUCUUUGGAAAGUGGUAAUAUACCCAAAGAUGUUAAAGAUGUGGAUAGAAAUGACUCAGAUAGCAGUUUAUCUCAGAAUAGUGGGUUAUGUCAAGGGGAAGUAUUAUCAGGGAGCAAUGACUGUGAAAAUGGAAGAGGAAGGAAAGCAAUGACUGUCCAGAAAGCUGAUGCAAAAAAGAAAUUUCUUUCUCAAUUCUUUAUCAAUACGUACACUCAGAAUCUUUCAGAGAAUGUGUCUGAACGUCGUCCACCAACAGUUGAGAAAAAUUAUAACAAGCAAAAUACUUAUUGGAAAAGUAGUUCCGGAUCACAUUUGGGUUUAUCUCAAGUGAAACAAAUGACAACAAUAUAUGAGUCUGAUCAUUCUGAGUCGGAGAGUGGUGAUGGCUGUAGAGCCCUCAGAGGGAGCAGACAUCCAGACAUCAAGAAGAGCUGUACAUGGAGUGGCAGCCACUUGCCCAAGUUUCUGCCACCAGGCAGCCGGUCCCUGACUGAUAUGACUGGUGAGAAUAGUAUGGAACAAGGCUUUGCACAGUUGGCACGGAAGGCCUUUAUUUCUCAGAAAGCAGAAAGAGUUACAUCUCCCUGUGAAUCUUCAGAUGGGGAAGCUGGUUAUGGGUCAGGACUGAGUGAAAUUCAAGACAAUACUUGUAAUGCAGCUAAACCCAUUUCAAGCUCUUUCAAUGAGAUUCGGUCUGAAAGUGGAGUUUACCGAACACUGUCUAAUGACUCUAUAGAACACAGUAUGGAACGGGCAGAAAUGGAGGACUCUCCCCCAGAACAAGAUGUGUUGCAAAUCUAUCAGGCCACAUCUGAACAGGAACAUACACAUAUGUAUUCUGAUCAGAAGAAAGAGGCCAGAUAUAUCUCCUCUAAAACAUUUAUAUUCAGUCCAACAGUUAGUGUGAAUGCUGCCAACAGUGAAAGUCAGAUGGUGAGUAAGGUAUGUAUGGCAGCACCUGGAGGUUUUCAGUUGAAUGAAGACAAUUCAUUCAUACCUAUUGUUUCUGCUAUCACUACAAAUCCCCAGACCAUGCUUACAAGCAGUUCUUUGAGAAGGACUGUCUUCCCUAGACAGAAAGGUAUUUCUUCUGUUAAACAUGGCAAUAUCUGUACAGCUCCAAGCUCUAAUAAAGUCUUAAUGACUUCAAAAAUAAAGAUGCGCCUUGUGACAUCAUUGAAUUCAAAAUCAACAUCAUCCACCAACAGCUUUUCACCAAUCACCCCUUCAUCAUCUCGGGAUGACAAUUCUGUUGAAACUUCUUCCUGUUCCUCCAGCUCUAAAUCAUUCGUUACAGAACAAGAGUCUUUAAGGACAACUACACCUGAUCAAGUGGAAACCACUAACAGUACAGCAGAGGAUGAGGUAAUGGUGCAGUCGGUAGGCCCUGCACAAACUGAAGCAUGGCUAUAUUCCUCAUCUGGACCACAAAUGAAUACAUCAAAUAAUAUGAGUCCUGACAGGAUAACAACAAGGCAGAAAAGUGUCGAGUUCAGUUUUAAAAAGGGUUGUUCCAAAAGUGAAAUAACACAAGGAGAUUUACUAGAAUCUUCUCCUUAUAGAAAUUCUUAUUCCAGUAUGCAGAUGUCUCCUAGCAUUGACAAAGAGAACCUUGCAGUUGACAUCCUUAAUGCUGAAGACAAUCAAAGCAAAUUCCAGGAUUGUAAAACAGACAAGCCUGAAGAUGUAUCAGUUCAUAAUAUGAACAAUAAACAUUCACUCAGGUCGCAAGAUGCAGAGCAGGCUCUACAUUACCAAGGCAGAUCUUCAACUCAUGUGCUGCGUGAAUCUGAAGCCUUUAAUUCAAACGGAAUUCCAUCUCAGUGCCUUUCCCAAACUAACAAUAUUUCCGUGCGGCAUCCCAGUUUGGAAAAUCCACAUGGUCUCUCCUUCAAUGAUUUAAGUACAGAAAUACACAGUAUAAGGCAGGAAAGGGAGGAGGGAAAGCGACAUAGUGUUGAAGAUGGACUUGGGAGAGUACUGAGAUCUAUUAAGAUUCAGCUAAAGCCUGUGGAAGGUGAUUUUGAGUGUAAAGAGUUGAGCCUAAUCCCUGGUUUUAAGCUUCAGCAGGGCUACAAGGAAAGGCAAGAAAAUCCCCUUGUGGCUGAACCACCACCGGCAGACUCUGAUAGACCACACAAGUCCCUGGUGGCUGGACCACCACUGACAGACUCUGAAAGACUACACAAGUCCAGGGUGACUGGACCACCACUGACGGACUCUGAUAGACUACACAAGUCCAGGGUGACUGGACCACUACUGACAGACUCUGAUAGACCACACAAGUCCCUGGUGGCUGGACCACCACUGACAGACUCUAAUAGACUACAGAAGUCCUUGGUGGCUGGACCACCACUAACAGACUCUGAUAGACCACACAAGUCCCUGGUGGCUGGACCACCACUGACAGACUCUGAUAGACUGCACAAGUCCCUGGUGACUGGACCACCACUGACAGACUCUGAUAGACUACACAAGUCCCUGGUGACUGGACCACCACUGACAGACUCUAAUAGACUACACAAGUCCCUGGUGACUGGACCACCACUGACAGACUCUGAUAGACCACACAAGUCCCUGGUGGCUGGACCACCACUGACAGACUCUAAUAGACUGCAGAAGCCCCUGGUGACUGGACCACCACUGGCACACUCUGAUAGACCACACAUGGCCAGGGUGACUGGACCACUACUGGCAGACUCUGAUAGACUACUCAAGUCCAGGGUGACUGGACCACUACUGGCUGACUCUAAUAGACCACACAAGUCUCUGGUGGCUGGACCACCACUGACAGACUCUGAUAGACUGCACAAGUCCCUGGUGACUGGACCACCACUGACAGACUCUGAUAGACUGCACAAGUCCCUGGUGGCUGGACCACCACUGACAGACUCUGAUAGACUACACAAGUCCCUGGUGACUGGACCACCACUGACAGACUCUAAUAGACUACAGAAGUCCCUGGUGGCUGGACCACCACUGACAGACUCUGAUAGACUACACAAGUCCCUGGUGGCUGGACCACCACUGACAGACUCUGAUAGACCACACAAGUCCCUGGUGGCUGGACCACCACUAACAGACUCUGAUAGACUACACAAGUCCCUGGUGGCUGGACCACCACAGACAGACUCUGAUAGACUACACAAGUCCCUGGUGGCUGGACCACCACUGACAGACUCUAAUAGACCACACAAGUCCCUGGUGGCUGGACCACUACUGGCAGACUCUAAUAGACUACACAAGUCCCUGGUGGCUGGACCACCACUGACAGACUCUAAUAGACCACACAAGUCCCUGGUGGCUGGACCACCACUGACAGACUCUGAUAGACUGCACAAGUCCCUGGUGACUGGACCACCACUGGCACACUCUGAUAGACCACACAUGGCCAGGGUGACUGGACCACUACUGGCAGACUCUGAUAGACUACUCAAGUCCAGGGUGACUGGACCACUACUGGCAGUCUCUGAUAGACCACACAAGUCCCUGGUGACUGGACCACCACUGACAGACUCUGAUAGACUACACAAGUCCCUGGUGGCUGGACCACCACUGACAGACUCUAAUAGACUACACAAGUCCCUGGUGGCUGGACCACCACUGGCAGACUCUGAUAGACUACACAAGUCCCUGGUGGCUGGACCACCACAGACAGACUCUAAUAGACUACACAAGUCCCUGGUGGCUGGACCACCACAGACAGACUCUGAUAGACUACACAAGUCCCUGGUGGCUGGACCACCACAGACAGACUCUAAUAGACCACACAAGUCCCUGGUGACUGGACCACCACUGACAGACUCUAAUAGACUACACAAGUCCAGGGUGGCUGGACCACUACUGGCAGACUCUAAUAGACUACACAAGUCCCUGGUGGCUGGACCACCACUGACAGACUCUGAUAGACCACACAAGUCCCUGGUGGCUGGACCACCACUAACAGACUCUGAUAGACUACACAAGUCCCUGGUGGCUGGACCACCACUGGCAGACUCUGAUAGACUACAAAAGUCCCUGGUGGCUGGACCACCACUGACAGACUCUGAUAGACUACACAAGUUCCUGGUGGCUGGACCACCACUAACAGACUCUGAUAGACUACACAAGUCCCUGGUGGCUGGACCACCACUAACAGACUCUGAUAGACCACACAAGUCCCUGGUGGCUGGACCACCACUAACAGACUCUGAUAGACUACACAAGUCCCUGGUGGCUGGACCACCACUGGCAGACUCUGAUAGACUACACAAGUCCCUGGUGGCUGGACCACCACUGACAGACUCUAAUAGACUACACAAGUCCCUGGUGGCUGGACCACCACUGGCAGACUCUGAUAGACUACACAAGUCCCUGGUGGCUGGACCACCACAGACAGACUCUAAUAGACUACACAAGUCCCUGGUGGCUGGACCACCACAGACAGACUCUGAUAGACUACACAAGUCCCUGGUGGCUGGACCACCACAGACAGACUCUAAUAGACCACACAAGUCCCUGGUGACUGGACCACCACUGACAGACUCUAAUAGACUACACAAGUCCAGGGUGGCUGGACCACUACUGGCAGACUCUAAUAGACUACACAAGUCCCUGGUGGCUGGACCACCACUGACAGACUCUGAUAGACCACACAAGUCCCUGGUGGCUGGACCACCACUAACAGACUCUGAUAGACUACACAAGUCCCUGGUGGCUGGACCACCACUGGCAGACUCUGAUAGACUACAAAAGUCCCUGGUGGCUGGACCACCACUGACAGACUCUGAUAGACUACACAAGUUCCUGGUGGCUGGACCACCACUAACAGACUCUGAUAGACUACACAAGUCCCUGGUGGCUGGACCACCACUAACAGACUCUGAUAGACCACACAAGUCCCUGGUGGCUGGACCACCACUAACAGACUCUGAUAGACUACACAAGUCCCUGGUGGCUGGACCACCACUGGCAGACUCUGAUAGACUACACAAGUCCCUGGUGGCUGGACCACCACUGACAGACUCUGAUAGACCACACAAGUCCCUGGUGACUGGACCACCACUGACAGACUCUGAUAGACCACACAAGUCCCUGGUGGCUGGACCACCACUGACAGACUCUGAUAGACUUACCUGGCAGGCCAGACAGAAUGAGAAGGAAGAGAAAGAGGUGAGGCUUGGUCCAAGGAGUGGAAAGGCCCUCAGUAGUGGUCUCGAGAAAAGGAGGCCUGAAUCUGCUGUGUCUGACAUUAGGUCCAAGUUUGAGCCUAGAGACAUCACCCCAAGUCACAACCAAUCAUGUGUGUCCACUCCAAAGAGACCAGUUAAUACAUAUAUCAUGAAGCUUGCCAGCAAGUUUGAAUAUAGCUGACAUUAGGUUCUAUUUUGUAGACAUGAAUUGCUUUAAUUUCAUUUGUGGUGUUCAUAAAAGGAAGCCAGAAGAAACAACAGUGUAUAUUUCUUAUUAUUUAAUAACCUGCCAUGUUGGAAACACUAACAUUGUCAACUCUUUGUAAUAUGUUACCCAACAUUCCUGUAAUGAUUUUUAUAUUAGGCCAGUCACAAUGAAAUGAUUAUAAGAAUUUGAGCUGAUAUUUUCCAAGAACGGCAGGAAGCUUGUUUCUUCAUUUUAUUUUAUUUUAUUGUUUUGAAUGGCUCUGUUGGCCCUAGCCAUGUUUCAGCCAAGUAAUGUAAGCUGCUAACCACAGGAUGCUUCAUAAGACUCGGGCGGUGGGGUUUGAUUCCUGACAUGGGUACAAGGUGUGAAGCCCAAUUCUGGUGUCCCCCAGCAUGAUAUUGCUGUAAUAUUGCGUCAAUCCAUACUCACUCACUCACUUCAUAAGAGUGAGUGAGGGUUUUUUUGGAAAUGAAGUUGGCAGUCGAAAUUCUAAGGAUCAAUCAUAGCCUUUCAUAGCCUUUUGUCUUGAAUGCAAGAAUGAAUUUGAUUUGAUAAUUUAGUCAUUAAUACUUCCCAGUUUUGAAAUUUGCCCACAAUGUGGUGUUGAAGAGAUGACCCCACCUUACAGUUGAGUUAUUGAAACUAUAUCUUCUCUUUCAAUUUAAGAAACGAGAGAUAUGGCAAUGAAUUGAUUAUAAAGAGGACAACGUAAUUCAUAUUAUCUGUUUAUCUAUUUUUCUGAACAGCAAAGUAUAUAUUUUUUGUUUCAUGUUAACCAGAUGUAAUUCUUUUUGGUGUUACAAAAUGUUCUUUAUAUCA